UAGUUUUUAUCCAGACGUUCUGGCCCAACAGGCCCUUUAAGAACGUUCCGGUUUUUGAUCUGGACCCAAAUGGAAAUGAGUUUCAUGUCCUGAUAUUCGGAAUAAAACAAGAGAAUCCUGUUUUGAAUGUAAACAAGAAUAAAGAUAUUUGGAGGUGGAAUGAUGUCACAGCACCAGCAAAGAUUCUGUGAUGUCAUUGGCGAUGCAGUCUGUGAUGUCAUCAACUGCAGAAUCGUAUGGAACACAAUUCUGCAUAUUUGUCAUUGCUUGCAAUACCCCUGACCAGUUCAGACGCCCGCAAAGCACUUUCCAAUCGACCGUUCACUUCGUUUCGAAAUCGACAACUUUAGUGAUUUUACUGGAAUAAAAAUGUCUCAAAAUACAGAAAGACACCAGAACCGCAGACUGGCCCACCUGGAGGAGGAGCUGGAAGAAACCAAAUUCCAGCUGCAGAAACAAACGGAGCUCAAAGUGGGAUUUUUCAACAAGGCCCACAGAGCAACUGAGGAGCUGAAGAGACUCCAGAGAUACACUGACACUGAAACACUGAAAGUUGUUGCUAUUGCUUGUCAGGCUCACUUCAGUGUGGAAGACCUGGAUAAAGAGGAGCUGCAACAAAAUACGAAGAUUUAAAGGUGUCUCAGUUCCACAUCCAGGACGCACUGCUGGCAGAAAUGCAUGAUGAGAAGCAGCGAAAUAAAGUCCUGGAAGACAAGCUGGAUGACCUGAAGGCUUCGUAUGAGGAGCUGCGCCGUAAAUACGAAGCAGACGUUGGUGAUGAGGCAAAGCUACAUGAGGAACAGAGCCUGGAGAAGCUCAGAGUGGAGAAAGACAACAUCAUACAUGACAUGACCCAAAAGAUCGACCUCCUGCAAGAAAAUGAAAAACGUUUACAAGCCGAACUUGAGGAGAGCAAACGUGGAACAAACGAACAAUCAAAAUUAAUAAACGAGUUAAAGCAGCAGGCGGAGAUUUACCAAGACAAAAUAAAGAAAGAGGAAGCUGCACUUUACAAAGAAAGAAAAGAAAAUGUCAUCCUUGGAUUAAACUACACUGUAUUGAUUGAACAAUUUGAAAAGCUGGAGACACAGAAAGAAACUCUGAUGGAGAAAUCAGAGGAGGACACGGCGCUGGUGGAGAAAAUAAGAAAGGAGUACGCCAUCCUCCAACGCAAAGCAAACCAGGACGCCAAAUUCCUGAAGAAAAACGCAAAGAUUUUAAAGAAAGAAUUGGAUGAGAGCAAAACAUUUUACAACAAGCUCAAACUUAAAUUUAACUUGGAUAUUACUGGAUUGAAGGAGGAGAUGGAAAGAUGUAAACAGAAAGUACAACAAGAGAAAGACGCCUCAUUGCAAUCAGCGACUGAGAAGCAGCAGCUCAUCGACAGCCUGCGACAGGAAAACGCCGUCCUGGAGGAAAACACACGGCGAGAAAUCCAGGUCCUCCAGGACAAGGACAGAAAUGCACAGGAUGAACUGGAGACGCUCAGAGUUUUGUUCAAGGAGCUGCAGUGUUCUUACAUUCAUGAUGUUAAUAUGUUGAAGACACAGGCAGAGCAGUUCCAGGAAGAAAUAAGCAGAAUGAAGCAAGAAUUGGAGACAACCAGAAAUAAACUGCAGCCAGACACUGAGGAAGAUCAGCAUGAAGAUCAGGAAACUACAGUUUCACAACAAGAGGAGGAAAAGAACCGGGUCGACCCAGGUAUGGAUUCUAGUCAUCAUAUUUCCUCGGAGGAGGAUUUAGCAAGAGAACCAAUACCAGGAUGUUCAAAUGAUCUGGAAUCCAUACAAGACGACAUCGAUGAGGAAACCAUCCAGCAGGAUUUAGAGACUCCAGAUAUGAACAGCAAACAAGAAGGAAAGAAGAAAAAACCAAAGACUCCAAUUUGGAAAAAAAUUCGAAACAUCUUUAGAUUGAAGAAGACAAAAAAACAACACAGGAGUGAAUUCAAUAAAAAACGAGGCCUGUGGCGAUUCGGCCUGUUAUGAUAACAGAUUUUACUGAGCGAUUUAAUCGUCUCAAAAAAUUAUCGCGAUAAACUAUAAUAUUGUUUGAAGAUCUUUUCACACUGAUUUAAUGGAUAUUACGUAAUAAUACAUGCGACUUCCUGCCACAGAUAGAUACACUUUACUUUCAAAACAACACAGAGAGGAAUCCUGAACAGCUGACACGGUGCAACCCGAAGUCCAGCAGACAUCGGAGAUGAUAUGUGGAAACAUGAAUGUUUAACCAACAUUUCAUGCAAAGAAAAUAUAAAUAACUCGGGGAGGAGUUGGAGCGAAAUUUCUACCAGAAAACCUGGUAACUUUUCAGCUGUUCUUCGUUAAGGUUUUGAUAAUGGCCGACAAUCGGCGACAUCAGAUGGUGCAGCGCGCGCUGGGCGUUACGCUAAGGAAGUAAGGAAGGGAGGGUCAGUGGAGAGCAGCGGAGUUUCAUUCAGUGUCAUCAACAGUAAGAGAAAAAGGCAGGAAGAAACGUCUUUGCACCACAUUGUUCUCAUUUUCUCAUGUUAAAAACAACAUUCUUCUUCUCUCAUUUCCUCCCUUUCUUACAUAAUUUAUAUGUUACUUAAUAUUCAUACAGUUUCACACAUACAUGCACAUUUUCACAUCCCCUCCAUGGCUGCCACCUUAUCAUGGUGGGGGUUUGAGUGUCCCAGUGAUCCU